GGUAGCAGUGGUAGAGCAUCUCCUGAGCCUAGGCUGUCGGUUCCCUGCCCAGACCAGAUUGGCUGAUGCGCACCCUCUUUUUCUCACAGCGACGAGACAGUCCGGCCACCAUCUUCUCAAAUUGCUCCUCGACAACGGUGCAAAUCCGAAUACGACGAAUAUGAACACCGGAAUACCGAUCCCGUUCUUGGUCGAAGCGAUUGACUAUGGCCAUUACAAAGCCGCAGGCAUGCUCAUCGAUGCAGGUGCUCACACACGCCUCUUAUUUCAUUAUCCAGAACUAAAACAUUUCUGUCCGAUACGGACAUUUCUCAAACCCCAGAGGCGCACCCACGAUUUCGCCGAGUGGGCAUAUGUGGCAGAGAAGAUGUUCGGCCAAAACUUGGAUGAUGACAUUGAUGGGCACUCGCCGAUCUGGUGGGCGUUCAAGAAAAGCAAUCUGAACUUGGUCGAAUUCUUGGCGAAGAGAGGUGCUAGUGUGGGCCGUCACGGUUUGUUUUUGAAUGCAUCAAACCUUGAACAGUUAGCCAAGAAGAUUAGCAAGUUGUGAAGCAUAGCGAUUCCACAUUGGAGCAUGGGGUUUGAUAAUGCGUUAACGUACUCUAUCCAUAUUCUGCCAAGCUUCUGGAUAAAAACUUCAGGUCGACACUUAGAUUAGAAAUAUUAAUAUACUUUAAUUUCAGC